CUACAAGUCCCUCUCGUAGAUCCGCAGGAGCAAUUAAGUGCUCUUGUAUAUCAUGGCGCAAUUAAGUGCUCAUGACUUGUCUUUCAUCUUUGGCCUUCUUGGUAAUAUCGUGUCAUUCAUAGUGUUCUUAGCACCAGGGCCAACAUUUUACAAAAUAUAUAAAAGGAAAUCAUCAGAAGGGUUUCAAGCAAUACCAUAUUUGGUAGCACUAUUCAGUGCAGGGCUAUUGCUAUAUUAUGCUUAUCUGAAGAAGAAUGCCCACCUUAUCGUCAGCAUUAAUGGCAUUGGAUGUGUUAUUGAAUUGGUUUACAUCUCCUUAUUUCUCUUUUACGCACCAAGAAAGUCUCAGAUUUUGACGGGGUGGCUGAUGCUCUUGGUAGUGGGAGCCCUCGGAAUGGUGAUGAUAUUUUCUUGUUUGUUUGCAAAGGGCACAGAAAGGGUGAUCAUUGUGGGAUGGAUUUGUGCUGUUAUCAACGUUGCUGUCUUUGCUGCUCCUUUAAGCAUAAUGAGGCAAGUGAUAAGAACAAAGAGUGUGGAAUUCAUGCCCUUCACUUUAUCAUUGUUCCUAACUCUCUGCGCCACGAUGUGGUUUUUCUAUGGGUUUUUCAAAAAGGACUUUUACAUUGCAUUACCGAAUGUACUGGGCUUUCUAUUUGGAGUCGUUCAAAUGCUACUAUAUUUUGUUUACAAGGAUUCAAACAAAAAGGAUAUUAAGGAACUAUUGGAGCACGAAGAAGCUGCAAAAUCAACAGGUGUAGAAAUUAGUAUCAAGAUUGAAGGUAAUACCGAUAAGGCAUUGCACUCAGUGGAGAAGGCUUUUCCAUAUUGCGGAAAUCAAGAAAUGACUAAAGCCAAGAUUUUGAAGUAAGGAAGGGAACUUAACAUUGAACAUCAAGCAAGAAUUUAGAAAUUUAUAAUAUUUACCACUUACUAGUAUAUGCGCAGUGUGGAUCUACACUUUCCGCGAAUAAUCCUGCUUACUCAAAUUUAUGCAUAGGAAUGCUUUUCUCUCUUUUGUUUACUCCAAACUAGUGAAUUUUUUCGCAUUUUGUGCGAUUAUAAAAUAUAAAAAAGUUAUCAAAAUAAUUUUAUUGUAAAUUUAAAUAUGAAAAUUAAAUUUGCUAAUUAAAUAAGUAACAUAAAUGAUUGAAACGUCAUUUGUAAAGAUGCAUGAGAACUUUUUGGUUCUUAGAAAUUGAAUACUAUAUACAACAAUAAUUUAGC